AUGAAGGAGUCGGAUUUCAAGAAGUACUAUCCCAACCUACCAAAGGAGGUAUUGGAAAGGGGCAAAGCUGUCCGUUUAAUAUUCCUAGGGAUCCCAUUACUUGUGGUGACAUCUAUAGAGCUUUAUAAGAGAUUGAUUGAAGGCCAGCAGAAAAAGGUUCAAGUCGGUGAGAUCAUGAUGGAUGGGAGUAUUCGGCCUUUCUCUGAGGAGGAGAUCAAGGACAAAGACAAGAACAGUAUACUCACACAGCUAUUCGACAAGAGACUAUCCGAGCUGCUCACAACAGGGAGGAAGUUCCAUUUCGUUACUGCUGUAGCGCACCUGGAGCCGUUCAGCCUUCGUGCGCUGGAGAAUGUGAUUGAUGAGAUGCUGAGCUAUACACAGCUGUUGGCCGUUGCCAUGGAUAGACUGGCGGUAUUGGACGCUCAGAUGACUAUUGAUUGGCUUAUUGAGGGUAAGGACAAGUUCUAUGAGGUCUAUAGGAACGUGGACUCCAUAGACUCCGUUAUUCUCCAGGCUCUAAACCUGCUGGAGACGAAUCUGAAACAAGAAGACAUUGGCGGUGGUGACACGCGGGUAUUUGACAAGUUGGAUACCCUUAGCGAGUGCAGUUUGCGAGUGAAAGGUGGGUACAUCGUACGGUUGAAGUCUCGAAUCGAUGUUAGUGUCGAGUACAACGAUAUCUAUACACUGAUGAUGAAUUCGAUAAACACGGAGUUGGAGUACUGUCUCAAGAAAUGCUUCAAGAUUCACGAGAAGAGAUUUAGUUCGCCAGUACGCCAUGCACCAAGUUUCAACUUGGAACUUCUCACGAGGAAACUUCUUCAAAGCAGAACACAGUUGAAAUUGCCACUGCUGAACGAAAUUGAUAAUGAGCUUUACGAAGAGUACUUGGAGUUGAAGACCAUUGUGGACCCUCUAAGGGCCAGCUUGAACUUUAUACCGAUGAGAAUCGAAGAUUUCAAGUCGAAAUACGGAGAUGCAGCUGACACGAAGAGCAUAGAGGAGAAAUACCAUUCGUUGAUGAAAGAUAUGCAAUUCUUACAGAAUGAAGUAAACGAUCUGAAAUACGAGCUGAUAGAUAAGAGGUGGAGCGAAAUUUUCAGUUAUUUAAACACAGAGCUAUCCUUUUUAAUGACGAAUGUUGAAAGAGAAAUCUCCAAGUCUGAGAAUCUAGAGGAGAACUCUGUUUUCAAGCCACAAGUUUACAAAAGGCUAAAGUAUACUGUUGAUAUUGUGGAGAAUACAUUCGUCUUAAUAAACAGAGCCAUCGACGAAGAGUUGAUAGACAUCAGAACAAUGGAGAGAUGCAAUGAGCUUGCAGAGCAAUGGCUUGAAUUGAAGAUUAAAAUACCACAGGAUUAUUUGGAUAAGAUGGAGACCGAAGACGGAAUGAAUAACACUGACAGUGACGAAAUGACCAACAAUUUUAAAAAGUUAUCGUUAGAUUCGAGAAAGACAUCUGACACCAAUGACAAGAGGAUCACUUCAGAUCAUGAGAAGACGAAAAAGGAAAAAAGACGUAGUGUUUAUGGUCAAUUUCUCUUUGACAAGAUGAACAUCCAAGCCGUGAUGAUCGAGGGAGAUCCAACAUCUGCAAAGAAGCCAGAAGAUGCUAACAAAGUGCUAUCAAACAGUGCAAAGGUUAAUCAAAUUGAAGCCAAAGUGUCUACUGGUAUUCCAGAUUUGAAGCAAAAUAUCCCAAGGUUGUCACCAGAUGAUUUUAUUUCAGAUACUCUGGAUGCACAAUCCCCUUCCAUUCGUCGUCACGGACCAUUUGAACGAUUAUCACCGAUUAAUGAUAACACACCAAGAUUGAAAGAUAGCCAUAGCAAAACACUGGAAAAACUAAUGGGCCAUGAUUCCCCUCCGGACCAAUUUGAACUAGAGACCCCAAUUCGCAGAGGAAUCCCAGCUCAAAAGCCCCAAACCAUCGAAAAGCCAACUGUGAUGGAAAAGUCCAAGAUACCACUACCUGCAAAUAAUGUGUUUUAUCAAUCUCGAAUUCCAAGGCCGGUCUCAAGUAUCAGCACCGUGAGAGGCUCAAAUCCAUCAGGGGUUAAAUCUAUUGAGGGCAGUUUCCAAAGAGUUGGUUCAAGAUUGGGUCAAAGAGCACAGACAUCGAUGUCCCAUACACGGACUUCUGAUAGUUUUGGACUGGAUCAGCAAACAAAGAGCUCGUUCAGAAACUCUGUGAUUCCUCAGACUCCUAUUAGAAGUUCAAGAAAGUCAUUAAUUCCACAACCAACGCCAAUAAGGGAAAUUAUUGAGUAUAACAGUACUUCAAGGAUGGGUGCACGCUCUUCACACUCCAAUUCAAGGGCCAAGGCUUCAAGCUCUCUUGGUACGCGAUAUGAACUGUCAAGACCACAGUGGAGAUGA